AUAAAGUGCCUGAAGUAAAGAGAAACAAAAAACAAAUAAUAGAGCUUUUUAUUUCCCGAAUAAACGGAAAAGCUCCUUUAGUUUAUCCUUCAUGUUCUCCAAUAACUCCCGCGGUUACUCAUGUUGAAGAUGGAACCUCUGAACCCGAAAUCAAAUGGAUAAAAUAUUUCAGUGAGCUCCAGCAAAAAAAAAAACAAUUACAAAUUGAUAUCGAAUGGGAAGAGUUUUUAAGUAGAUUCGACUAUUCAAUUGUGGUUUAUAACAAA